GAAAGGGUUCACCUUCUACAUGUGAACCCCCAGUAUGCUUACGUGGUCUUACCUGAUGGGCGGGAGGACUCGGUUUCUGUCCGCGACCUGGCGCUCGCAGGAGCAGCAGACCACUACCCCAAACACUCCACGAGGGAGCUGAUACCAACAGAUUCACAACAUCGCUGAAAGCAUGAAGGGUAUCUCCCUGUUUAAUGGGAAUGAAAAUCUGAUUAAAAGAUUAAGAUUCUACAACAAAACUGCAACUGACAUUUCCAUAUUAGAAAUUCAAGCUACCUUGUCCAUCAGGAAUGUCCGAGUUUACGCUGGGACGUCUGCAGUAUGUGGUGACAUCUCUUGUCCUCCUUCAUUACAGGUGAGAAAACUUUUGCCUCCAGCUGAUACUCAGCUGGUUCUUUUGAUGACUGACAUGCAGUGCUUUACGUAGUCUUGAUGACGCUUCAUCUCUUAUCCAGAUGAACCAUAAAUGACACUGGCCCUCUACAUCAAUGAAGUGUCUUGAUAAGCAGAUGCUUCCUGUGAUAUCUGACAGGAUCAGAAACAGAAUCCGAAUCAGGUAUAAAAUCACUGGCAUAUGUUGUGAAAAAUGUUGUUUAUAUAAAAUUAAAUGAAAUAGGUGGUGCAAAAAGAAAAAAAAAUACUGAGGUAGUGUAUAUGGGUUGAUUAUCCAUUCAGAAAUCUGAUGGUGGUGAGGAGAUGCUGUCCCUAAAACAUUGAGUGUGUCUCUUCAAAAUGGCAGUUCCAAUAUCUGGCAUCAUAUUGGCUCUUCUGUUUGCUUGUUCAGAACACACACACAAGCACCAAGCUCCGCCUUUAUCAAAUUAAAAUGCAUUCUGAUAUACAUACCCACUACUAAGUCAGCAGAUGUUUGUCCCAUAAUUCUAUGUGGUAAUUGGCAAUGUAAUGGGAAACUCAUAACAUCUGACCUGAUUCCAACUCAAAGCAGCACAGUAAUGUAGUGGUUAGCAUAAUGCCUGACAGCACCAGCGAUUGGAAAAUCAGCAUUUAAUUCCUGCCACUGUCUGUAAGGAGUUUGUACGUUCUCCCUGUGAUUGCAUGGGUUUUUUCUGGGUGCUCCAGUUUACUUCCACAUUCCACAACAAAACAUACGGAUUAAGGUUAGUGCCUUGUGGGCAUGCUAUGGUUAUACUUGCAGGCUACCCCAAAUGAUGACUCAAAUGACACAUUUCAGUGUAUGUUUCAAUGUACACGUGAUAAAUAAAGGUAAAUUUUAACCUUUAAACUUCUGUCAUCCUUUUCAUCCAUUGCAUAUUAACUGUCCUCUCCAACAAACCAUUGAACACCAGAUGCUUUGUGGAAUUGUAUGUACAUAUUUGACCAAUUCCUUCUAAGAAUUCAGAAAUUCAAUGCCAGUUAAAUGACUUCGUUACAAGAAUGCAGAUUGAAAAUCAUUCUCAGCAUUGUAAUUAGUGUAGAUUCUUCAAGAACCUAAUGGUUGUUGUGAAGUAACAGACCUGAUCCUGGGGCAUUGAAUGGGCAACUAUGCCACAAGAUAGCCAUAUUCCAUGGUUUUCUAACACAACAGGGUAUUAAACAGAGGUGAACUUCAUUGGAGUUGGUUUUCUUGUGAAUUAAUUAAAACUGUCUUUGAAGAAUUUGCAUGCAUUCUUCAAGAAUGUAAUGAAAAGGGGAAAUGGUCUAUGUAAUGUAUUUAGAUUUGCAGAAGGCAUUCAAAAAGACACCAACAUAGAAAUUUACCAAAUUAGAAAAAGGUGCACAGAGUUAAGUACGAUAUAUUGGCAUGAACAGCAACCGCACAGAGUGAUGCUGACAAACAACUCCAAUGACACAGAUUCAAUCCUGACCUUGGGUGCAAUCUAUGUAGAGUUUACACACUUUCCUGGUGCACAUGUGGGUUUCUUAUCUACUUACUUAUUUAAUAAGAUAGAGCACAGAAUAGGCCCUUCAGGCCCUUUGAACCAUUGCUGACCAGCAACAUCCAAUUUAACCCUAGCCUAAUCACAGGAUAAUUUACAAUGAUCAAUUAACCUACCAACCUGUGCAUCUUUGGACCGUGGGAGGAAACCCACACAGUCACAGGGAGAACAUACAAACUCCUUACAGACAGUGGCAGGGAUGUGUGCACUGGUUUCUACCCACAUCUCAAUAACCUUUUGGUAGGUUAAUUGGCCACUACAAUUACUUCUGAUGUAAAUCCCAUUUGUUUGCCUCACAGCAAUGAAAGCCAAAAUCCCAUUUGCCUUCUUGAUAGCCUGCUGCAUCUGCAAACCAACCUUUUGUGAUUCAGGUGCAAGCACUCCCAAGAACCUCUGUACAGCAGCAUACUGCAAUCUUUACCAUUUCAAUAAUAAUCUAAUCUUCCAUUUUUCUUUCCAAAGUGGAUGACCUCACAUUUACCAGUAGUGUAUUCCAUCUGUCAGAGCCCUGCCCAGUCAUUUAAUCUAUAUAUCUCUCCCUGCAAACUCUCCAUACCUUCUGCACAAUUUGCCUUCCCACUCAAUUUAGUAUCAUCUGCAAACUUAGAUACACUACACUCAGUCCCCUCUUCCAGAUCAUUAAUCUAUAUCAUGAACAGUUGCGGGCCCAGCACUGACCCCUGCAGCACACCGCUCACCACUGAUACCCAACCAGAGUAAUACCCAUGUAUCAUAACUCUGGACUUUCUAUUCGUUAACCAAAAUCCAUGCUACUACAUCCCUCCCAUCUCUAUACAUUCCUAUCUUAUGGAUAAGUCUUUUAUGCGGCACCUUAUCAAAUGCCUUCUGGAAAUCCAAGUAAAUAACAUCCCUCUAUCCACUGCACUGAUUAUCUCCUCAACGAACCAGUAAGUUUGUCAAACAGGACCUACCUUUGCUGAAUCUAUGCUGCGUCUGCCUGAUGGAUCCAUUUCUUUCCAGACUAUUUCUUCCUUAAUGAUAGCUUCAAGCAUUUUCCCAACUACAGAUGUUAAACUUACUGGCCUAUAGUUACCUGCCUUUUGUCUACAUCCUCUUUUGAACAGUGGUGUUACAUUUGCCGUCUUCCAAUCUGCCAGGACCUGACCAGAGUCCAGAGAAUUUUGGUAAAUUAUCAUCAAAGCCUCUACAAUAACUUCUGCCAAUUCUUUCAGUACCCUGGAAUGCAUUCCAUCAGGACCAGAGGACUUAUCUAUUUUCAGCCCCACAAGUUUGCUCAGCACUACCUCUUUAGUGAUAGCUAUUGUAUCAAGGUCCUCACCUCCCAUUGCAUCCAUAAAAUUUCUCUUUGGUAUGUUAGAUGUGUCCUCCACCGUGAAGACCAACACCAAAUACUCAUUCAAAGCCUCUGUCAUUUCCUCAUUACCCAAUAUCAAUUCCCUCUUCUCGUCUUCCAAAGUACCUGCACUCACUUUAGCCAACCUUUUCCGCUUUAUUUAAUUAUAAAACUUUUACUAUCUGUUUUUAUAUAUUGAGCUAGUUUAUUUUCAUAAUCUAUCUUCCCUUUUUUUUAUUGCUCUUUUUGGUGGUUCUUUGUUGCUUUUUAAAGUCUUACCAAUUUUCCAGUUUCCCACUACUCUUGGUGACUUUGUAUGCAGGAGCUUUUAGUUUGAUGCCUUCUUAUAUUGCCUUAGAUGGGGUCUGCCCAUCCUUACUGUCCUUGCUCUUAACUGGAAUAUACUUUUGUUGAGCACUGUGAAAAAUCUCUUUGAAAGUCUUUCACUGUUCCUCAACUGUCCCACCAUAUAGCUUGUGUUCCCAAAUCCUCCCUUAUCCCAUUGUAGUCUCCAUUGUUUAGGCAUAAUAUGCUGGUUUUCGAUCAAACUAUUGUGCCCUCCAUUUGUAUGAGAAACUCAGUCAUACUGUGAUCACUCUUUCCAAGAGGAUCCCUAACUACAAGAUCACUAAUUUGACCUGGUUCAUUGCGCAGGACCAGAUCUAAGAUGGCACAUUCCCUUGAGGUUCAGUAACAUGCUGUUCAAGAAAUCUAUCAUGGAUGAAUUCUUGAAGUCCUCCUCAAGACUGCCUUGACCAACUUGAUUCACCCAGUCCAUGUGCAAGUUAAAGUCCCCCACAAUUACUGCUGUUCCAUUCUUAUAUUCCUCGGAUAUUUCUCGGUUUAUUGCCUGUGCCACUGUAAUGUUACUAUUUGGUGGCCAAUAGAUAACUCACACCAGUAAUUUUUUCCCUUUUGUUAUUCCUAAUCUUUACAAAGAUGGAUUCAAUAUAAUGCUGCUUAGAUCUUAUAUCAUCUCUGUUAUGAGUGAUGAGCAGACCUGAUGGUCAAUGGGUGCAGAGUUAACCAUUCCCAACCCCCCCCCCCCCCGAGAACUACGAACUAUUGCUGUUGCUAUGCUGCUCAUGAGAGAGAGAGAUAAAGCCCAGGCAAGAACAUCUGCUACAGAUAAGAGGGGGAGAGAGACUGUUGAUUUACUGUAUUAUGACUCUUCCUGGAUUAUUUACCUUCCACUACAAGGACUUUACUUUGCUCGUUAACGUUCCUCAGGAGACAGCAGGAGUGGCCUGAUUUGAUGGACACAGUCUUUCAGAGUUGAUGGAUAGCUGAGACCCCGUGAGUGGGGAUAAAAAGACAGGUCUGGAGAGAUACCCUUCAGACACACCAGUGGAAACUGACUGAGUGUUGGGAACCCACAGAAAAGUGGGGGUUUCAGAGACCGAACCAGGAGAUCAGUCAGUAAAGCUCACAGUGUUACAGCAGGGCCAGUGGGGACUUGUGUGUGUGUCCACUCAUGCCAGAAUGAUGAGUCCACCACAGAAGAACGGUCUAGCUGAAGAACAGAGGAGUCAUAACUGAAUGGCUACAACAAUAUGAUGGAAUAAGAAAGCCACUAAAGGGUUUGCCUGCCGCAGCUGUUGCUUACAUCUCGCUCUCUCUCUCUCUCUCUCCAACGAUUUCAAUACAAACACCAUAACCACCUCAGCAUUUAUAAACUGAACUCUAUACUUUCCUAUGACAAUUCAUUUACCCCUAGACAUCAAUAGAGCUUGUUUAUUAUUUAUUAUUAUUAUUCCUACACUUUUAGGUUUAUUACUGCUAACUUGUUUUAUAUGUAUAUUUGCAUUUUUGAUAUUGUAUUGUGUAGUUUACUAAUAAACACCUUUAGUUUGGUACCACCAGACUCCAAUGGAUUCUUCUUUCUCUGCUGGUCAGACACCCAGUUAUGGGGUAUGUAACAAAUUGGGGGCUCACCAAUUGAGCCCCAAUUUGGGGGGCAGUGAAUUGGGAUAAAAGUCCCUUAUCUGAUCUGGUUGUGUGGAUAACCAGAUGGGAAACCAGCAGAGAUGGAAAUUGACAAAUUUUUAAAAGACCCGACUUCGGGGGCAUUAGAGGAUGGCAAGAAGGCCGAAUUAGUGAGUGUUGCAAAAUGAUUAAAUCUCUCGGCGGUGAAAUCGUUGAUGAGCAAGUUGGAUAUUCACAGAGCAAUAGCUGUGCAUUACAUAUCUGAGGGUGUGUUCAUGUCAGAUGUAUUGGACCUGUUCCCUGAGAAAAAACCAGUCGAGGGUGAGCUUCAGAUACAGAUAGAAAGAUUAAGGUUGGCUGCGGAGAAGAAGGAAAGGGAGCAUGAGCUCCAGAUAUUCCAGAUAAAGGAAAUAGAAGCUGCAAGGCAGAGAGAAGAAGCUGAUAGGCAGAGGGAGGACAGAGAGAAAGAGAGGCAGUUUGCGCUGGAAAUGGAGAGGUUAAAGGCAUUGCAGGGAAGAGACCGGGUAGCAAACCCAAAUUAGGGGUUCAAGAUUGGUCAGGAGAUCCAGUUAGUACCUCCAUUCGAGGAGAUGGAUGUCGAUAAGUUCUUUCUUCAUUUUGAGAAUGUGGCUGUGAAUCAGAACUGGCCUAAGGGGAAAUGGGCUGUUCUGUUACAGAGUGUACUUAGGGGGAAGGCUCAGCAAGCAUAUUUGGCAUUGUCUAUGGAUAAGUCUAAGGAUUAUGGGGAAUUAAAAAGGGCUGUACUGAGGAGUUACGAGUUGGUGCCAGAGGCAUACAGGCAGAAGUUCCGGAACUUGAGAAAGCCGUGGAACCACACGUAUUUAGAGUUUGCCCGUGAGAUGCAAAUGUAUUGUGAGCGUUGGUGUGCCUCAAAAGGGGUCAUUGGAGAUUAUGAUAAACUGCUACAGUUAAUACUGAUGGAGCAGUUCAAAGGUUGUAUCCCUGAAAGUAUGAAGACGUACUUGGAUGAGAAGGAGACAGUGACUCUGUCUGCGACUGCCAGAUUAGCAGACGAGUAUGCCUUAACCCACAAAACAAAGUUUUCCCUAAAUAAGAGCUACCAGAAAGGCAGUAGGGAUGCCAGAGAAAGCCCACUGGCUAAGGCAGAAAAUAAGCCAGGAGCUAGUGGAAAAGGUAAGGAGGAGGAAAAUCAGGCUGGCAGGAAGGUUCCCAACUUUACGUGUUAUAAUUGUGGGAAAGCUGGUCAUAUAGCAUCUAAGUGUUUUGUUCCGAAGAAGGAGACAGGAAAAGGGAAAACGGCAGUCCCAACUGGUUGCAUUGAGUCGGUUAACAGAUCGAUGGGGAAGGCAAAGUUAGAUAGAGCACAAGAGGGGCGUGAGAAGUUUAUCUCAGAAAGGACAGUGUCUGUGAAGGAAGGAGAAACCCCAGUUCCAGUGCGGAUCUGGAGAGAUACUGGGGCUGAUCAGUCACUGAUUCUAAGGAAGAUGUUAGACUUUGGUCCUGAGAUUGAGACGGGGGAGGUUGUGUUAAGAGGUAUCGGAAAUGGGACCGAGGCCGUACCUUUGCACAGGAUGUUUCUGAAAUAUGACCUGGUGUCUGGACCAGUCGAAAUAGGGGUGCGGUCGAAACUGCCGAUGGAUGGCGUGGACGUCCUACUUGGUAAAGAUCUAGCAGGUGGUGAUGUGUAUUCAGCAGUGGAAUUAACAAGUAAGCCUGUAAGUGCUGAGGACCCGCCCAUAGAUUCCAAGAUUUAUCCCACAUGCGCAAUCACUCGCAGCAUGUCUAGAAAGGCGGCUGAGAAAGGAGACAGUUUAAAUGAGUCCAGGGUUGAUUUAGUGGAGACAUUUUUGCCAACCUUGUAUGAAAAGGAGUUACCGGAGGAGAAGGAAAAGGAUAGUGGGGUUAAGGAGAGUAAAGGAGAGGAGGUAGAUCUACCAUUAGCAAGGAGGGAUUUUAUAAAGGAACAGAGUCGUGAUGAGGAGCUUGUGGCAUUGAACGAAUCAGCUCUUUCUGAGCUAGAGAUUGAUAAGGAACCAGGGGGAUACUAUCUGAAGGGGGGAGUGUUAAUGAGGAAGUGGAGGCCAACCACAGUGCCAGUCAAUGAGGACUGGGCGGUGGUAGUGGUUCUGAAGGUUUAUCGGGAUGAAAUUUUGAACCUGGCUCACAAGGGACCUCUAGGUGGACAUUUGGGAGUAAGGAAGACAGUAGAUAGGGUUAUGAAAGAUUUUUAUUGGCCAAAUAUGAGGAAGGAUAUUGUUGACUAUUGUAAAAGGUGCCAUACUUGUCAGGUGUUAGGAAAGCCAAAUCAGGUUAUCCCUAAGGCACCUCUCAGACCGAUACCCACCUUUGGGGAGCCUUUUUUCCGAAUCAUUGUGGAUUUUGUGGGUCCUUUGCUUAGAACUGCGAGCGGGCGGCAGUACAUCAUGACCAUGAUGUGUGCUGCUACUCGAUUCCCAGAGGCUGUGCCCCUGGGGAACAUUAGAACUCCUGCGGUAGUAAAGGCACUCAAUAAAUUUUUCACCACGGUAGGGUUACCUAGAGAGAUACAGUCAGAUCAAGGGAGUACCUUCACGUCCCGUGCAUUUCAGCAAAUUUUGACACAGAUGGGAGUUAAACAAAUUCUAGCCUCUGCAUGCCACCCGGAAUCUCAAGGAUUCCACGCAACUUUAAAGACUAUGAUUAAAACUUACUGUCAGGAAAACACUCAUGACUGGGAUGAUGCAAUACCACUUCUGUUAUUUGCAGUGAGGGACACGGUUCAGGAAUCUCUGGGGUUCAGUCCAUUUGAGCUCGUUUUUGGUCACAGGCCCAGAGAACCUUUAACCGUACUCAAAGAAAAAUGGUCUAGUCCGAAUGUGCAAGUCAAUGUGAUUGACUAUGUUUUGAGGUUCCGUGAAAGGCUCCAUAAAUUUUGCGAGUUUGCGAAGCAAAAUCUUAAAGACUCAAGGACUAAAAUGAAACAAUGGUAUGAUAAAUGA